AUGAGCGAUUCACAGCCGCCUGCGAAGCGCUCCAAGCGUUCUCAUCAGCGGAACUUGACAUUGGACUCUUCUCACGACAUCUCCAGGGGGUCAGCCAGCAAUCCCAUCAAGAUCAUGGAUGAGCCUACCGACGACCUCAUCACCUGGGAGGAUGGCUCGGACACGGAUCCCUUCGCCGCCCCAAGCUCUGAAGAUGAUGAUGUGAACGGGCUCGACCUCUACGACAGCGAUCCUGCAGACGACGACGCCGGCGACUUCCUCGACCAUGGCGAUGACCUGACACUGGAAGACGCAGAAGACAAUAGCUUGGCUGUCCUAGGGCAGGCGAUGCUUGAUGAGGACAUCGAAGAGGCAAAGGCUCUCUUGGCCCACACUCGCCUGGUCGUACAGCAGGUGGCCAACAGCAUAGAGGUCGUCCUCCCCCUCGACGAGUUGUCCGACAUUGCCCGCGCAGUGAGUGGCCUCACUAGCCUCAAGCCUAUCACCGUCCGCCUCUCUGUCCAUGGGGGAUACCGUCGCACCUCCCCAUUGCCUGUGGUGAAGGUUCAGCAUGAGGAGUCCGUCACGACCACCGAGCGCAUCUGCCGCGACUUCAUUAUCGGCCUUCAACUCUGCAAAGUGGCCCAAAAUUACCUCGUGCAGAGGUGGGAGAAGAGGGGGGAAGGCUUCCUGUCCGCGCUGGCCGAGUUGCUCGCCGACCGUCUCGCCAACUCUGGCAACCACUGCCUAAUGUGUGACGCUGCUCUGCCAUUCCCAGGUCUCAAGCCCACGGUCUGUGAUCAGUCGUUCUGUUCCUUCCAACUGGAGGAAAUGGGCAUUGGCUCCAGCCUGGCUCAGUUUGAAAUGGACCCCGAAGUGGCCGAUCUGCUCCUCACCCUCGCCGUCUCUGCGUGCCUGGACUCGUACCGCCUCACUGUCUCGCCAAUCAAGUUCCCCCUCAACGGACUCAGCGGGCAGCCGUACACCGGCGACGAGCUUAUGCAGGUGGUGAACCUCGUGCCCAAGGCGCAGGAAGUGCUCGAGAUGGGCGCCAAGCGCAAGGAGAAAUUGCUGGAGCUCUCUCCGCACACCGUCCCCCUGGUGAGCUGGAUCUUCGCCACCAACCGCGCCCACAUUACCUCGAUGCCGGAGGAGGACUACUUCCCAAAGAUGGCCUCUACUAUUGAGGACUCCACCAUGCGCCAAUUCCAGAUCGAGACGUCGACUCGCGCCCACGCCGAGAAGUUUGAAGCGCUCAAGGCCGCCCACGGGAGCUUUUACGCUUUCCACGGCAGCAGCAUGAGCAACUGGCACAACAUCCUGCGCCAGAACUUGAAAAACGCGUCGAGGACGCCCCUGAUGUCCGCGGGUGCAGCGUACGGCGAGGGCAUCUACCUCUCUACGCAGUCGAAUGUGUCCAAGUCCUAUGUAUACGGCCGACUGGGGAACGCUUUUGCGAUGCCGACAGCUUUCACUACCGGGACUGCGGCAGCUUCGAAAGCUCCUUCGUCCUUUUCGUGGCUGAACAGCGAGUUGGGAGCGAACCCGGUCUGUCUCGCUCUCGUUGAGGUCGCAAGCUCGUCCCGCGUGCACAAGCACUUGCAUGAUACGAUCAUCGUUGCCAGCGACGAGAGCUGCGUCAUGCUCCGUUACCUCUUCGUGUACUCGUCCGCGAAUGCGAUUCCGAACGUCACGGCCGCCGAAGUCGUGCCCAAGCGGUACAAGAACGAGAAGACGAUCGCGUUCCAGAGCACGCUCGACGAGGUGACCGCAAGCGGGAACCUGCUCGUGACCUCGGACGGGUACUUCUGGGACAUCGAGGAGGUCGUCGCAAUGGUGAAGGCGAAGAACGGCCUGUUCAUCAACGGGUUCAACCAGCUGUCCUUUGCACCCGAGGACGUGAGGGCGAUCUUGAAUCACCGCACCGGCCUCGGGAGGGAGCUUAAGAAGCUCGAGCGGGAGAACGCCAAGCUCCGCACCAGCAUCCCCCGCGACCUCCUCGCGCGCCUGAACCGGCACGGGCAGAGCUGCGUCCGGGACCAUUCGGCAGAGUUCACGACCGCAACCCAGGUCAUUGAGGAGGUCCGCCAGCUCAUCGAGAACACAACUCCUGCAGUGAAGGAGGCCCUCGCCAAGGUCCCGUUCGAGGCUAUCGACUCGCAUACCCGUCGCCCGUUCCGCGACACGAUCACCCACGCGCUUGAGAUGGUCACGUCCGGCGGCGAGUGCGUGCACCGCUUCGGCGACUUCCUCUCGCAAGUCAGGUAA